AGGGAGUGGUAUUAAAAACCUCUUUUGGGCUAAAGUCGACUCUGUCUCCUUUCGCCCAAAAAUGCUCUGUGUGACUCUGCCGCCAUAGUCAUAUCCGGUAAGACUUCUUACAACUCUCUUGCUUGGGUAUCAACUGUGGAUUUCAGUGCAUGCGGUUCGAUUUCUUGGAAGUUUCUAUGUUUUUAAAAGCAGAGAUAAUUGUUCUGAAAUUGGUCUCUUCCAAUUGAAAACGAGUUUCAGUUCAAAUACCAUCAUUCAUUUCAGCUAUAAUGAACUUCAGAUAAUGUGGUGAGAAGAUUCUUGGGGGUAUACAUAAAUGGAUUUUGGUAGGAGGAUAUACACAAGGAGGCAAUGGGAUGACUUUUCUAGAGAGUGGAAUGAGGAGAAGAAGAGGAAGAAGAAGAAACUAAAUGAGAUUAACCAUCACGGUUGUAAGGAGGGUGGUGUUGAUGGGAAAGGUAUCAGCCUUCCAGUUGUAGUGGGCAUUGAUGAAGGAGAAGAAGUUGAUGGAUCCCCUGAUGGAAUGGUGGGAGUAAAUGUUAGGGACAAAACUGUGGCUAGUAUGGAGUUGGAGAGUGAGGGUAACAUUGAUUGUGAUGAGUUAAAGAGGGUUAAGAAAAGGAGGUUGAAAUUUGUCACUGAAAAGAAUGGCGAUGAUGGUGAAAUAUUGCUCACAUCCUCCAACAACAUGGAAAAAGGUAUGGGGAACGAGAACAUUGAGAAGAAUAAUGUUUCUUCAGGAGUUGAACUGGAGAAGGAACGGGGGGACGAAACCUGUGGGGGUAUGUUGAAUGACAACAAGCGUGAUUACGCUGAUGAUGAUUAUGUUUCGUUCUUGGAUAAAUAUGUGACUUGUAGAGACAUGUUGAAAAUCGGGGGCAGUAUGGGUAAUGCUGCAAGGGAGAAGAAUGAUAUCUGUUUUGAUUCCAUCGAGUUCCUCUGUAAAUCUCUCGAUCUUUUAUCCGGUAAUACAGAAAAGGCGGAGAAGAAAGUGGAGGGACACAAUGGUAAUGAUGUUAGUUUAAUGGUUGAUGUAGAGGAGGUGGAUGAUGUCACUUGGAUUGCGAAGAAAGACUUUGUUCUCAAACAACAUAAUAAGAUUGACAAGAAAUCGGGAAACCAUAAAAAUAAUUGCAUGACAAGGAGGAAUGGUGGUAGUAAGGCGGCACCAGGUGGCAGCAUUGCUUAUCGUCUUAGGUCAUGUUUGCCCUCCAAGUUUACAGUGAAGGAAAAUAAACUCAUUAAAAACAAUCUCCCUGCUUCUAAAGAUGGCGCUAAAUCUGAGUCUUUAUUUGAUGAUGAGGCCAAAGAAGAUGAUACAUGCGUGAAGAAAAACAAUGUUUGUGCUCAUGACAGGAAGAAUGUAAAGCAUCUGAGUAAAAGGAGGAGGUCACAAUGCUGGAGGGGAGAUCCUCAGUUCAAGAAAAUACUUCUUGACUCUAUAUGGGGGAGGAAUGUGGAUCUCAUAAAGAAUGAUAUGUGCUUUUCCCGAGAGAAUAUUUAUAAACAUUUACCUCUAAAGUUCUGGUUUGAGGAUGAAGAUCCUGCUCCACCUGAAAAAAGCAAAUCGGAGAACGAAACUGAAGGCCUCUUUAUGGAUCUUGAAUCAGGUCUUCAGGAAGUCAAGGAGAGCUUGACCACUCAAGCUUUGACAGAAGAAAAUGGCAGCAGUUCUGAAGAAAAGCAUGAUGAUGAUGUUCCACUAGUCUGCUGCCAAAAGGGGAAACACUUGCUCAUUUUAGAUGAACAGAUAGGUCUAAUGUGCAAGUAUUGUUCCUUUGUGCAUCGGGAGAGGAAGUACAUUCUGCCCUCAUUCGCUACUAAAACAGGAGUGAGGCGAUACACGAAAUUCUAUGGUGGAUUAGAUCUUCUCUCAGCUGAAGACCUCCCAUUUUCUGGUGGUGCUGGAAACACUCAAUGCACUUCAUCUAUCCAUGGAGGAGGGACGGUAUGGGACGUCCUUCCUCUGGGUACUAAAGAAGCAAUGUAUCCACAUCAACGUGAGGGGUUUGAGUUCUUGUGGAGGAACAUUGGCGGUGAUAUUCACAUUGAAAAUCUGAAGAAGCUUCAGUCCGAUGGUGGGAAUGGUUGCAUAAUCUCACACGCACCUGGUACCGGUAAAACCCGCCUCACCAUAACGUUUCUCCUCUCGUUCAUGAAACUCUUCCCCUCUUGCCGUCCAAUAAUAAUAGCUCCACGGAGCAUGCUUCUCACAUGGGAAGAGGAGUUCAGAAAGUGGAAGGUCGAUGUUCCCUUCCACAAUGUGAACAACUCAUCCCUGUCAGGAAAUGAAAACGGGACAGGAUUUGGUUUUCCGAACGAACCCAAAGGAAGAGAAUCCAAACGUAUGCUCAAGUUGUGUUCUUGGGCAAAGGGUUCAGGCAUUUUGGGAAUUUCAUACCGGCUGUUUGAGCAGCUAGUAAGGGUGAAGGAGAAUCAAGAUGAUGACGAGAGGGUGAGGAAGAUUCUCCUUAAAGUUCCCAGCCUAGUAGUGCUUGACGAAGGGCACACCCCACGGAACGAUGACAGCCUCAUUUGGAAUGCUUUGUCAAGACUAGAAACGACACGGAGAGUAAUCCUGUCUGGAACUCCUUUCCAGAACAAUUUUGACGAGCUGUAUAACACGUUGUGCCUCAUUUGCCCGAAAUACGUGCAGAGGAAAAUUUCUGGGAAAAAAAGAUGGGAUCGCCUUACUAGCUCUAUAGGGAAAGAUAACAAUAUUGAUGUCAGGGAGCUUAAGAGCAUUAUUGCCCCACUAGUCCAUGUACACAAGGGGACUAUACUUUUAGAGCGUCUUCCCGGCUUAAGGUCCAACCUGGUCUUCUUGAAGCCGACGCGUCUGCAACAGAAUAUGUUCUCUCUGAUUCCACAGAAGAAAUUCUUCGAGGAAGACUAUCUGAUGACUCGGAUCUCUGUUCACCCUUCACUGGUCAAAGACGUCCCGGACUUCUCUGAGUAUAGGAAUGAGGUGGAAGGUCUUGAGUUAGUUCCAGAUGCCGGAGUGAAGACAGAAUUUGUCUUUGCCUUAAUACGGUUAAGUGAUUUACACGGUGAGAAAGUUAUAGUCUUCAGCCAGUUUCUUGCCCCAAUGGAACUUAUCAAGAAACAGCUGGAAUCUGUCUUUGAUUGGGUUGAAGGAAGAGAAGUGUUGUACAUGGAUGGGGAUAUCCAUUCAAAAAACCGUCAAGCAUGUAUGAACACGUUUAAUGAUCCCAAAAGUGAAGCAAAAGUGCUUCUGGCGUCAACAAAGGCGUGCUCAGAAGGUAUAUGCCUCAUAGGGGCUUCUAGAGUUGUGUUGCUUGAUGUGGUGUGGAAUCCUUCUGUUAAGAGGCAGGCGUUGAGUAGGGCGUACAGGCUUGGGCAGACGAAGAUUGUGCACGUCUAUCACCUCAUUUCAUCCACAAUAGAGGCUAAGAAGUUAGCGUGGCAGGCUAAGAAAGACUUCAUAUCCGAGUUGGUCUUUUCUACAUCUGCAGACGAGCAGGUUCCUUGUAGCAGCAGCAAAGAAGACCUCCUGGGGUCUGAAGAUAAGAUAUUGGAAGCCAUCGUUCAGCAUCCAAAGCACUGUCGCAUCUUUGAUCGCCUUGUUCAUAAUCCAAAAGAGUUGGAUUCCAUUGACACGUUUGACUUUGUGGAGUAGUUCUUUUUGUCUUUCUUCAAGUGAGGCUGAUGAUUCUCUGCAUCCAAAAGCACUACUGGGUUCAAAAGGUACAGGAUUUAAAUAAAAGAGCCUGUUGGGGUUGACUAAUGCUAUAAGCGUUUUUAUAACACCAAAUGUGUUUUUCUUUUGAAUAAAUGGCACAAUUAUUACUCAUAUAGUUUUAGUUUCCAAAAAUAUGAGCAUUUUUAGUUUCUCCCAAAACAUCACUUACGGGCAUCUUGGCCCUUGGGUCUUCCGUCUUCUCCCUUUCGCAUCUCCUUCGCAGAGGACAGGAGCAGAUCUCACCAAGACACCAUGCCCUCUUUCUCACCAUUCCAGCACACACGUUUUCCCUUGCUCGACCGCCACCUCAGUCGUUUGACCGCCGGAAUCAGACCGAAUUUCCUUCUCCUUCUCCAUGAGCACAGAAGCUUCUAAGUCGAUUGAUGUGUAAAUCUGACGGAGACGGUUGAGAAUCGACGAGGAUGCAAGGGCUUCGCAGAUCUGGACGGUAAUGGUUGCAACAGAUUUGGCGCUGGUGUGAAUUUGGGAGAAGGUCAGGCAGUGACGUUGAUUUGGGCGGUGGUGAGGUUGAUUUGGGCGGCGGAUAUGGCUGUGGGAUGGGGUGUGACGAUUGGGAGGGGUUGGUCUGCUACAAGGGGCUGGGAGGGCAUCCAUGGGGGCUGGUGGGGAUUGUCUGGUAAUGGCUGUGCUGGAUGACAUACGGCCGGCGGCCAGCGGCAUGACCCACCGGAGGGACGGUGUCUGCAGUGGUGCAGUGAUGGUGUGUGGUGUGGGACAGUGGUGAUGCUCUGGCGGUGCAGACGGGGUGGCAAGCAUAUUUGGUUGAAAUAUACGUUUUUUAUCGGAAAAAAGUCGCCGGAAAAUUUAUCGGCGAUCAAAGUGACAUCCCCCCAGUGACACCGGCGGUGGCUUCAGUGACUUCGACGGUAGCUGAAGUGACAUGGUGGUGGCUUCAGUGACAUCGGCGUAGCUAUAGUGACAUUCAAAAGUGACAUAAUUUUUUUGCAGUGACAUAAAAUUUCACAGUUACAUCAGGUUUUCCAAAUAUAUGACCUCCUUAGUCACUUUUUUGUCAUUUUAUAAAAAUGGUCACUUUUUUGGAAAUUGCCUUUAAUUUGGUAAUAUUCAAGGAAAAAGCCCUUUUCUUUUUCCUUCCAAAAAGCCUCAAUCCCAGUGCCUUUUGAAAUAAGCAUAAAAAUUAUUUUUGGGAAUGAAAAACACUUCUGUUUUUCAUUUCCUUGCCAAACGUCUCUUCUUCAUUGUUUUCUUAAAGUAAAAUAAUUAUAAUUCCUAUAAAAGCACAUAUUCAUUGAAAACAGGUCACAUCCUGAACACGAUCCAAGAAUGUUAUGACGUUUGAAUAUAAAAAGAUUUGUCAGCGUGUGUACGCUGAUCAAGAAUCAAUCUAUCGUUCUUUUGUCAUAUCUGAUCUAAAUUAUACUUCUUUUUCUUCAUUUCAGACUUCAUUUGUAUAUGGAAUGGCAUAUAAGUUCAGCCUACUCAAAUCCGUUUUGGGAUGCCUUGGUUACAAUCACUUCUCAGCAAACCUUUCCUUUGCAGUGAACUAUUUGUGGCAAUCCGCAAUGUCUGUGCACUCAGUAACACUAAACUUUGUCAAUGUUUGAUGUGUCAUUCAUGGAUUUUGCGCUGAACUAUAAGUAUAUUACUAUAAGUAAUACACUUAUAUUUAAUACUUUAAUAUAUAUAUAUAUAUAUAUAUAUAUAUAUAUAUAUAUAUUAUAAAUGAGAAGUUUUCAUACUCAGCAAUCGUCUUAAAUGAUUUUGUCCUGCUUCCGCCUUCUGCUUUUAUUUUUCAUGUUCUUCAUUUCUGUCCACCGAUGUAAGGUGAAGGGAAUAGCAACCAGUCACUAUGUCACUUGAGGAAUGCAACUCUUACUCUAGGGAUAUAAUUGUGUUAUUAGUCACAUUUUUAGAAUUAAAAAUGCCAUUUUUUUCCUUAUCCGCUUUUUAGUAAUAUUCAAGUCAAAACUCUAUUUUAAUUUUUGAACUUUGAUCCACUUAUUUUGUACUUUAAAUACUCAAGUCAAACCAUCAAGUCAAAGUGUAUAUUUUGUUUAUACCUAUUGCUACCCCACUACCCCCGCCCUACCCUACCUUACAUCGACCCCACCCCGACCCCAACACCACCCUGACCCCGACCCCACCCCCACCCUUGACCCAACCAUACCCAACCCCCACCUUACUUACCUAUAGGGUUAUUUUGGACAUUUUAAUGUUAAACGGUGUUUUAAAUCAUUUGAAGUAAACAUGAGCUUACAACACUGCUUAUUUUAUACGGCACUUAUUAACGCGAGUCUUAAUAAGCACCGUUUACUAACCUGUGAAGUAAACGUGUCCCAAGUGUUGUUUCUGAAGCCAUACCCCUCGAGGACGCAUUCAUACCGAAGGCAUACCUAUCGGUGCUGACAGCACGUAGUGCCCCCGGCCAUUUGCAACCAGUGUGCAAAUGAAAACCCUUCCUUGAAACGCUUUCCGCGCCAUUACCCAAGGGUAUGACAGGCAACUAAUAUGCCCAGUAUUUGACUUUCAAAAUCGAAGCGCUUUCCGCGCCACUACCCCAAGGGUAUGGCAGGCAACUAAUAUGCCCAGGAUUCGAC